CAACUUGCUAUUUCAAAAAACAGCCAUUAGUAUUUUUCGUGGCUUUGUGUAUCUUUUCACAUUAAAGCGCUUACAUUUGCAAAUAUCAAAGUAAUGGAUGCACCGGAUAUACGUUAAAAUCUAUGCUCUGCAUUACAGAACACAUACAUGUGACCAGAGGUAUGUACAUGACUUUUCGGCCAUUAACUUUGGUGUUAAAGAAGACAGAGUGGAUUGUGUUGCGUUUUUUAAUUCGAUAAUUAUGAUCACUCCUAAUGAACUUCAACAUAGUCUAGAUGUGAAUGCAUUGCAAUCUGUCUCGAAAAAUUUAUAUCAUCCCCCUGCAAAAAUGGCUGCUAUCGCUGCCUCUCAAUCUCAUUGUACUAGACCAUCUUCUGUACCUGGUUGUUUUGAACAUCGAGGUUUCAGUGUUUCAACAAAGAAUCAGUUGUCUCCUGUAAACUCUGAUAAUCUAUCAUUAUAUUCUAAAAUUAGCCCAAUCUAUCAGUUGUCUUUAUCACCAACUACCAUUACGUGCAAUGAAGAGCAUAUUUCACCUAGUUUAAGAGGUUCGUUGCCUACUUUUUCGCCCCAAUAUGUAUGUAAUUUUUGUUUUUUUUUGAGAAUUUUUUUUAAAACUGUGAAACCGAGUAAGAAGAAAAAUCUAAUCCAUUUUCUGUCUUCAAUAACUGGACAGAUGUGCACAGAAGAUAUGAUUAUCUAAAAUUUGAUCAUUGUUUAACAUUGUUUCAUUAAUUAUGGAAAGUAGGACGUUUGAUUAGUAGGAAUCUUGAAAAUAAAGCCAUAGCAACAAUUUAGAAAAAGAAUCAAUUACUGGAAUUAGCUUUUACUGUCAUAUCAAACAUGACAUUCGGUUUAAGUCGCUACAUUACAAAAUAAAUAGUACAAAUAUAUAUGUAUAUAUUCAAGACUUAAGAUACAAAAAAAUGAAUCCAUGUGUAUUAUGGAGAUUAAUGCUUUACGUUCAAUAGUGUUCUCCAUAAUAAUGAUUUACUUUGAAAUAUGUUAGCAGAACAUGUUUGUAUUACGUCGAAAAAUAAUAAACAUUUAAUUCGGAUAUUCUUGGUAUAAAAAAGAUUUCUAAUCAUUAAUUUGACGAAAUUUUCAAUUGUUAAAAUCAAUGAAUGGGAUGCUAAUCGAUAAAUGAUAAGCAAUUAUAUAAUGUGCUUUGGUGAUGGCUGCUCAUGAGACCUAACUCUAACCCCAAUGGCUAGAAACCGAGGACAAGACCAUUAAGCCAGAAGAAAAAGUUUCUUAAGUGAUAAAAUGACGUUUACAUACAGAAUACUAACAAGAAAUAAACCUGAUAAAAUUCCAUAAGUGGUUGGUGCAAUCAACUUGUAGAUCACUCAUCCCCCAAUCAGUUAGGAUAUUUAGCUGGUAAGUCCAAUCUUUGGGCAUCGCGUCAGUUUUCUUGAAUAUAUCUGUUGGGAAUAUCUUGGAAAUGAUACUUAAUUCCCAUUAUAUUCUGGAUUGCUACAUUUUUGAGCUGAUUAUACCAAAAACGGCAAAUUCAACUUUUAUAUCAACUCGUUUUGUCAGGUUAGCUUUGCUAUGCUGCUAUUUUCUGUGUUUCUAAAUCAUUUGUUAAGUAUGUACACAACAAUUUCGCAACAGUGUUUGGUCUUUCUUCAAACAGUAAAACCUCUCUUUUGAAGAGCAUUUUCUACUUUCUUUAUCUUCAAUGUAAGGGUUAUAGAGAUAGUUGAAUUUUACUGAAAUCUUAAACUAAUCUAGGUCAUUUCAUUUUGUUUCUGAUCAGUGGUUCAAUAAUAUUGAACUUACGUUUCUACCCAUCAUUCAGUUGAGUUGAAGGUCUCACCGGUUCUGAUAUGUCGGCGGCAGCGGUUAACAAAAUCUGCGCACAUAUACAUGAUGCUUGCAUGACCUAUUUAGCAGACAAGAAGGCGGUAUGUUUAACGAAUUGGGAAUCAUAGGAUCCGAAGGUACUCUUUUUUUACUCACGUGUUUUCGAAGCAGUGCUUAAAAAUGGUGGAAUCACCAAAUAAACAAAGAAAUAAGGCUCAGUGUUAAGCUUAGGAAGCAAAUCGUGUGAUGGGUCCACAAACCUUUACUGAUUGAUGUGUUUGGGACAUUUAAUAAAGAUACAUAACCACCACCUGUCUCGAAGUACUAUGUUGUUUAACAUUCACGUAAACUGGAAAAGGACUUUGGACAAACAAACCAACACAUGGGAUUGGUUUAUGAAGUUAUUGGAUUUUGAUUUGAUCGGUUUUAUGCACUUCAACUUACAUACGUGCAGAUUUUGUAGUGGGAACUCGACUUGGUUUCAUUUUCAUUUAUUAUUGAUAUUAUUAUUUUGUCUAAUAAUUCUUAUUCUUCCUAAGGUUCAGCACUCAAUGAUGAAACUUCUCAAAAGGAUUAUGUUCCUGCUAAUUCACCUCAGUCCACUCUUGUUAUUCAAUACUCAAGCGGAGAGGAUUGUAUGCCUCCAUUUCACUAUUCCAAUUCUCCUCAUCUGCGUAAUCCAUCCUCUAGCGAUUCUUCUCCUAAUUCAAAUGAACAUAACAAAAAACAUAAUGCAGUUGAUAAGAGCAAUAAUGACAGUAAUACUACUAGUAAUAAUAAGGGAAGUGAAUUAGCACCGUUUGAUUUUCCAAAAUUAUGUACAAAAUCUGAUGGAGGCUUUGCCUUAAAUUUGCCUACAGAUGUUAUUCUGCCAGAGGAUAAUAAAGGACAAAGUGUUUGGAAUUAUCACCAACGAUUAAUGGAUGUUAUUAUAACUGUGGUUAAUCGAAGUGGAAAAAUAUUAUAUUAUGACAAAAACCUUCCAAGUCAACACAGUUUUUGCCUAGAUAACAAUGACAAUGAUAGUAAUUAUGCUAAUUUACAAACUGGUGAUAGUUGGACUAGUAGAAUUCAAGAUGGCGAUUUAGCAAUUUGGGAGAAGCAUACUUCUAGAAUAUUUAAUGAAGCAUCACGUUGGUCUCAUGCCCGUAAUGCUUUGCUUGAACAAAGUUUAUUGCCAAUUAACAACGAUGAUGGGGAAGUUGGAAACCAACAACAUAAAAAAAUUGAAUCAUCUAAUUCUAAUAGUUUAAUUCCCUCUGAAAACUCCUCUAAUCGUCAUUUAUUCGAUUGUCCUAUAUAUCGCGUAAAAUUGGGUCAAAAAUGGUUUUAUGUUCACACGUUUAGUUUACCUAUUAACCGUUGUACUAAUUCAAGCCUGUUGCAAUCAGAUAUGUCAUUAUAUGAACCAUUGGUAGUGCAUUAUCAUAAUCUUCUUCGUGGAUAUGAUCAAAUUGUAGAAUCCACUGGUUCGAAUGCAUCAAUAUGUCUUAAGAAAGCCAUUGCACAAUCCACUUUGUCUAUGGAUUUAACUGAAACAAAUUGUUCCAAUUCAUUUAAAAAUACUGUUGUUAUUCCUUCUUCAUCUGUUUGUGAAAACCCAAUAUCGUCACACUUAAUCAUGUCUACUGCAAAUGAUCAUUGCCGAAUCGAUGAACCGUCCAAUGGUAGUAGUAAAAAUCCUCUAUCCACUGGUACUUGUCUUUCAUAUAUUGGUUCACCUGAUCCAUCUGUUACUGAUGGGCAGAAAUUGGUUUUUAACUCAACUUCGUCGCCACCAUCAUCAUCCCUUGUAUUACCUCAUCAUCAUCAUGUUCACCUUACACAUUGUCAUCACCAUCAUCCUAAUGAAAUUCACGAUGGCACAGCAGUAACAUCAACUACCAACAAUCACCAUCAUCAUCACCAUUAUGUCCGUCAUCAUCAUACUCCUAACGCUUCUCAUAAUUCACCUCAGCCUGUAAUAGUUUCUCAUCUUCCUCACCAAAAUUCUAUCGGAGAGAAAUCUACUUGGUCUUCUGAUACCUCACAUAGACUUAUGCUUAAUCAAAGAAAGAUCAAUAUAGAUAAUGUUGGUUGUAGCUCAAGUGUGUAUCAUAAAGAUUCGACAAAUGACAACUCAUUAACUUGUCAGACUAUUACAGAUCAUGAUUAUCAAUCUCACCUAGAUCCAUCACAUCAUCAUCAUCAUCUUCACCAUCACCACCACCAUCAUCAUCACCCCCAUAUCCAUACUGGGAAAAAUCUACAUAGUAAUGACUAUCAUCCUUAUUGUCAUCAAAAUGAUAAAUCAACAAUAACUGAGUUUGUACCUACAUCAUCAUCAUCUACUAUAAAAUCUGAUAACAUAUCUAAAUCACCGAUUCUUGUUGUUAGAAAGUCAAGUUCCCAAUCUCAUUCAGAGCACUCCUCAACUACAGAUAACAAUACAUUACAAUAUGGAAAUACGAAUGUGAUUGGAACAUACUGUGAUAAUAACUCAUUACUAUCGGACAUAAGUGGUGACCCGAUGUAUGAACAUUUUGAUACAGCAUUUAUACCUAACAGUUGUAAUGAAGAAUUUCAUAGUCGCUCAAAUACUUAUCAUUACAAUUGUAAUAGUAAUCACAGCAAUAACUCUGCUGUUGUCUAUUCAACUGGAAAUAUCAGCGAAUCUCUGAGUGAUUUAUCAUUCACUAAUACCCGAUUACCUCAAAACAAUGCAAUUAACUCUGCUACAGAGAAUGUUAAUGAUGUUUUUUCGUUUAUAGAAAAUUCUAAUGAAGAUCUUCAUAAUGUACUAAAAAAUACUACCACUACUACUACUACUACCAAUCGUCAAUUAAUACAUGAAAAUCAUCAAAAUGAUAGCUGCAGUGUACAACAAAGAUCACUGAAUAAAGAUCAAUACGACAGACGUGAGUCUGAUAGAAUUUUAAUGCUGCAACAUCUUUUACCGCCUCAAGCAAUACAAGAAAUUCGUCAAAUAUGGCAGGAAAUGAAUAGACUUAUUAAAGGUGAUUCAGAAAUUUCAAGAAUGUCACUGAAAUCGUCAGCUUCUACAAUACCAGUUACUACUACUACUACUACCACUGAAAUUUCGAAUUCUUCACCGCAUAAUGUAUCAAAUGUCGUACGUGAAAAUUUUGCUCGUCGAGUUCGACAAGUUGUUAGACAAUAUCUUGGGCCUAAAGCAUUUAUCACAGAUAAUUUACCUGAACCUCGGUCAGAAAUAGAUUCAUGUUUUAAAACAGAUGAUAUUGUAAUGCUUCAGUCGGACAAUAGUCAAGAGUUGGGAUUAUCAACGUUAGAUUAUGAUGAAAAUGGAAAAAAUUCAGCUUCCAAUUCUGUCAUCAACGUCAUUGAAGGAACGGAUCCUUCUUUUACUAGACCUUUCAUUCUGUCAACAAUAACAACCAUACCAUCUACUAAGUCAUUGUGCGCCAGUGUCGGUAGCGGUGAUACAACGUCGUCUACCAUUGGAAUGUUUUCAUCUGAAAUAACAAACAAACUCUUUCACAGUGAAACCAAUAUUGUAGAAAGUAAUUCAGGUGUGUUAUGUCCUAAUGUUACUGCGACUUGUGUAACUUCAUCUAACAUUAGUGAUACAGGGAAUACGGUUCAAAAAAUAUCUACAUCUUGUAAUGAAACUGUGAGUAAUUCACCAUUGUCAUCAUGUAUAAAACAGACAGAUGAACUGAUUGUUUCACAACCACUUAAUAAUAACAACAAAAACAACAUUAAUAAUAGUGUUUCUAUUGAAACUCCAUACACAUCAUCUACUGGUAAUUUACCUCGAGUAUCAACUAAUUCACAGUGUUGUAUGCUUGAAUGGUUAUUGUCUGAAGAAGCUGAUCUUUGCAUAUUACCACCAUCGUUAUGUCAGUCGAAAGUUGGAGAUAAGCCACAGCAACAGUCAAUUUCUGGAAUCUCACCACCUUCAUCAUCAUCGUUGCACAGUCAGGUGAUUUCACCAAGAGCAUCAUGUUGUAUGGCACCUUCCAGUCAAACGCACAAUUUUCAGUAUGGUUCACCUGUUUUGACAGAAGUAGCUUAUAGCCCAAUAUCCAUGUCCCAACAGAAAAUUAAUUCCGAACUACAAAUCAAUAAUCGUUCAUUAAUUCCUUCCAGUAAUAGUGGUUCAUUAAUUACAACGACUACGGUUGGUGCUGGCACUGUUACUUCCUCGGUGAAUUUGUCGUACGUUGAAAUUCGAUCUUUACAACCACGAACUGAGAGUUUGUUAGUUCGUUUACUGCAUCCAGCAAAAAAUCAAUCUGUUGGACAUCAUACAGAUAUGAAUACUUCUGAUGGAGGACAUUUACUGAAAUUAUCCUCUCCAACAUUACCACGUUCUGUAGCUGUGACCUCUCAACUUGUUCCAGAUACAACUGAUUUUAACACUUCUAACAUAAUUACAAACACUGAAUCCGAAAUCAAUAAUGUACAACGACAACUAAACAAUCGAAAAUCGGAAUGUCGAUUAAUAGCUGUUUCUCUAGAUAAUCUAUGCAAUAAUCAACCAACGACAAAUACUAGUAAACGAUGUCGUAGUGGUCCUGCAACUACACAAUCAAUUUCAUCACCAUUUAGUCCACAUAUAUCACCCGGUAAUAAACGAACUCGACAUGCUUCACAAUUUGAAGAAGUUCCUUCGCCUAGUAUAAGAAAAAUUUUUGGUAUAUCUGAUGCUCAACAUAAUUCAGAUGUAAUUCCUAGCCCACCUUUCACAUCAUUAACACAACUUCUUUUACAAGAUUUUCCAUUAGUCUCUGAUAUAAUAUCAUAUUCUUCAGUGGAUUCUCCUAAAUAUACACCUUUAUUUGGACAAAAUGAUUAUCAUUGCAAAUCUACUAAAUCUUUUUCAAAUACUGUUGCACAAGGAUAUGAAAAUCUUCAAUGUAACAUGACAACUUCACAUGACCAAAAUAAAAUAAUCAGUUCGAAUAUUUCACAAAGUGAUCAUUGCCAUUCGAUUAAUCCACCUUCUAUGAUAACAAGUGAAAAAUGUACAAGAAGUCAAGGCCUAUUCAUCAAUUCAAAUAAUGUUACUUUCAGUAAACAUAUUUCAUCUUUUGAUCAUCAAUCUAAUGAUGAAAACACAUUGUCAACAUUUUCCUGGUCAACAUUAUCACCCAAUUCUAAUGUAAAAUCUAAAUUAGAAAAUAAAGAUAAAUAUCUUGUAAAAACAAGCAAAGAUUCAGAGAACAAUUCCACCAGUAGUUUAAUACCUGGACAAUCUAGUAUAUGUCAGUUAUUAUUAGAUGCACAAUUGGAACCAGAAGAAAUAUCAGAUGCUGUGGCUAAUGUUGAAAACUAUUCAAAUUUAUCAUUCAAUAAUAAUACUUUUUCCACGAUCAAUAAAUGUAAAGAAGAAAGGAACAAUGUUGACAUGUCAUCUUUUAAAAUUAACUUGCAGUUCACAUCGAUCGCCGAUGACAAUCAGUCUUUCAGUAGAUUACUUGCUAGUACUACUAGCACUAGCAGUUGCGGAGGGUUAUCUUCCACUGGUCCUACGAACAGCUGUUCGUCAAUAUUACCACCACCCCCAUCGUCAUAUUCAAUAGCUCCAGUCGAAUGGAAUGAUGAUGAUCUGCAACAGUUAAUCCAUGAAGCAAUAACUAAUCCUAAUGACGCUCUAUUAGAAGAGAAUAAUCGCAACACAUCUUCAUCAUGUUCUUCAUCAUUAGAUUUACCCAAACGACAUCCAUCCACUUCAUCGAAAGAGAUAUCAGAAGAAGUGGAAAUUCUAUGUGAGAUAUUACGACGAGAUGAAUUAGAAAGAAAUAAUGAAAAAAAUGAAUAUUGUCAUCCUAAUCAGUGUGAUACUACUACUGCUGUUACUACUACAUCUACUAUCAAUACUCCUAUUAUUACUGGUACAGAAGCUGGUAAUAAUAAUUCAUUGCCAUAUUUAAGUGAAUCUCCCAGUUCUAAAAGAUCUAGAUUCUCUUCAUCUACAUCAAUAUCUGAUCAUCAAGUCGAUACUGUUGGUGAUAAUAAGGCUAGUGUCGAUGGUGAUUUUGUUCAUCGAGAUGAAGUUAAUUGGCAAAAUGAUGCUAAAGCUGUUGCACGUAUCUGUGAACAAUUACAACAGGGCCUAGUUACGGAGAAAUUGCCAGUCACAUCAUCAAAUAAUGAUAGUAAUAACGGUGCUGUAACAGAAUUUCCUGGGUAUUCUGUAAAAAUCAAUGAUCAUAAUAAUAGUAGUACUCCUGCACUAUCCGGUAAUACUCCUGACUACUCAAUUCCGCGGAAUGAUAUAAUAGUGUCAUUGAAGCAUGUUUCUCCAGCGCAAGAUCCGGCAAUGACUAAUUUAAUGACUACAACUUGUACAACAUGGUCAGGUUAUUCACCUCAGACAACAAGUGGUAUUGGGCAUACUGUACUACGACGUCAUAAUAGUGGAAACAGUAGUAUUAGUGGUAGUAGUAGUAGUAGUGUUAUUACUACUACUACUACCAUUACGAAUGUUGUGAAUAAAGCUGCUGUGGCUGCCGCAUUAGCUAGUCAACAAGCUGCAGCAAGUCAACGUAAUCAAUUGACUAAUCAACGUCUUUUAGCCGAACAACGUAAACGUCUUAUUCAACAUCAGUUAUAUAAUCAAGUUGCUGUGUAUUCACUGAAUUCAUCCGCGAAUAGUCGAAAUCCUAUGUCGAAUACAGAUUCGAAUCCUCCAGUCAAUACAUUUUUUGUCAAUGAAAAUACCUACGGUAUACAAAAUUUACCUUCUCUUAAUAUUUCUUCUACUAUUACUAAUAAUAAUACUAUCAUUUCAACAACAACAACAACCAGUCAUAAUGAUCAUAAUCAAACUUAUCAUUUAUUACAUGUAAUUCCAAAUAAGUCAAUCAAUCGGAAAUCUUUAUCAUUAGAUACUAAUACUAAUACACAAAAUAUGAAUGUAAGUUUAUUGAAUUUGAAUGCUACCACAGUGAUUUCAUCAAAUCCACCUUCAUUUAGUUCAACAUCUAAAAGUGGUAAUUUUUAUCAUUAUUAUCAUCAUCAUCGUCCAGAGGAUUUAUCACGAUUUUUAAAAGAAGUUGGUCCUAAUGUACAAGUACAACUUUCUUGUUCGAUCCCAACAAUUGAUAAUCAUCAGUUAAGUAAUACACAUAAAACCCCUUAUGUUAACCCUGCAUUGCAUCAUAGAAAUACAGUGAAAAUGCAAAGACCAUCUGCUAAACAUCAGUUGAUAGCUAAAACAACACCAAUUACUCCUACUACACCAUCAUCAACCUCAUCAAUGUUUCAUAAUUCUCAAACCUCUGCGCUGCAAUCAAGUAGUAUUGGUUCGUUGUCAUCAUCAUUGUCGUCCCGCAAAACAUCAUCGACUUCACCAGUUUAUGGUCCUCAUUCAUCUACAGUGAGUAACUUAUCAUCUGUAAACAAUCCAAACAAAAUUUCAAGGGAAGAUUCAAUUGUACUUAGCCAAAAACACUUUCCAUUUGUGGAUAAUAAUAAUAGUUGUCUAUUUAAAACGGAACUACAUCAAGGAUUAGUCGAUCUUCAGGGUAUCCAUCAAAAUGAUUCUGUUGUUCCUGCUACUACUACUAUUAUUACUACUGAUAAUAAUCAUAGUAGUUUUAAAUGCUCUCAGGUAUCUAACAAAUUCUCCGAUGACUCUCUCCCAACUACUACUUAUCAAGCUUGUUCUUCAACUGAAGUUGAUCAAUCCUCUCCAGCCGCCACCUCUUCCGUUUCCUCAUUGUCAUAUGUCUCAAGGGUACCAUCUAGUAGUUUGAUGGCACACAAUGAGAGUGCAUAUUCUAAUAUAUCUUGUAUUGAAAGUCCUAUGGAUUCAGUUCACUUUCCUGAAUGGUCUUUACCUCAACCUGUUUUUGUACAACAUCAGAAAGUCAAUUCUGACUUCGAUAAUAUAUCUUUGUGUAAUAAUACUGUUUAUCCCCAAUCAGUUCAUUUAGCUCAUAGUUAUCGUUCUCAGGUUUUUCCAAAUAAAACCAACAAUAAUCAUAAAAUUGAUACAUCUAAUUACUUAACACGAAAUGAUUCAUCGUAUUGUAAUAAUAAUAAUACAUUGAUGAUAAAUCAUUCAAAUAUUGUUUAUCCCUUAACACCAUGUAAUAGUUUAUCACCAAUCAGUGUAUCAGCAAAUACUUCCCCAAGUUCCAGUACUACAUCUGGUUACCUUAAGUCACCACCACCACCACUACCACCGUCUGCAUGUCAACAAUCUAUAGAGUUACCCUAUUCCAAAUCAUCAUCUUCAUUGGACACUUUAGUUAAUAAUUAUUAUGAAAUAAAUUCAACAAAUGGAUCAUUCGAUUGUUGUUUCAAUAAUUAUUCAAGUUAUCCAACUUUUCACAGAAAUCUAUCAACAACGUCUAAUUCAUCAACAAUAUCUUAUAAUUAUAAUCAUACAUCUCAGGAUACUCCUGUUACUACAAUUAUUGAUCCUCAUUUAGAAUCAAUGUUACAGUCAAAUUAUAAACACCAAUAUCAACAACAAAAUGAAGAGAAUUUAUUACCAGAUGAUCUAAUCAACGAUGUAUUCGAUCUUGAGAUUAUGAUUGCAACUAAACAACAACGUGAAUAUCAUCAUCAUAAUUCAACAACAAAUGAAUUGCGGUAUUUAACUGUGGAUACACCACCAGUCACUAAUAAACAACAACAACAACAACCUCAAUUGAAUAAUAGUAAUGUUGAACUAUCCACGUCAUCAUCAAGAUUGUCGUCCCCUUCAAUAUUGAAUGCUACAAAUGAAUGUUCGACUACUACUAAUACUUUUGGUGCUGCAGUUAUUGUCGUUGUUACAAGGUAGUGUCAUCAGUAUGUUGUUGUUUGUUUGGUUAUUUAAUUUAAGAAAUAAAUCAACAUCAGCAACGAUCAUUAAAACAACAACAACAACAACAGUGCAUGCACACAUAUUUUUUAUUUAUUUUCUUCUAUCGAACUAAAUAUUAGAACCUUUACAUUAUAAAUAAUUGCCAUAUUAAUUAAUUAAUUAUUUUUUUAUUUGUAUACACCUCCCUCUCUCCAUCCUAAAUCAUACCCCCUCUCAUUUAUAUUAUUAUAUAUACAAUAGCUGUAAGAGAAUUGAUCAUUUUUUUAAAUAUUACUUCUAUAAUUAUUAUUUUUCAUAAAAUCAACAUUCUUCUUCUUCUUCUUCUACUUCUUUGUAUUCAAAGUCAUCAUUGAAUGGUGUCGAAAAAAAAAAACAAGAAAUCAAUCUUGCACAUCAUAUAUACUUUUAUUUUUAUUCUUUCCUUUUUUUUGGCAUCCAUCCACAUCAACAACCAUGCUUAUUCGUCUAUCAGGUCUCCCCCUUGUUACUUCUUUGAUGUUUCCCUGUUUUCCAAUAAGAUAUCUUUCUUAUGAGUUAUUAUUAUUAUUAUUAUUAU